AUGGCGGCGUACUUAGCGGCGAGGCUUUUGGCCCGAUCGGCCAAUAGAAACGCCGGCAGCGCGAUUGCGAGCUUCUCCACGUCAGCAGCGGCUCAGAGCUUCAUGCAGAGGGCUCUGCCUGAGUCAGCAGAGGUAGCUGCAGCGUCACCAGCGGCCUCCGUCGCAUCCUCCAUCAUGCGCCGAUGGACCAACGGCGCACGAGCCUUCAGCUCCGCAGCGGGCGGCGAUGUUAUCGGUAUCGAUCUCGGUACCACUAACUCCUGCGUCGCUGUUAUGGAGGGCAAGACCCCCCGCGUGAUUGAGAAUGCUGAGGGAGCGCGCACCACUCCCUCCGUUGUCGCGUUCACCCCCAAGGGCGAGCGGCUGGUGGGGACUCCGGCCAAGCGACAGGCCGUCACCAACCCCACCAACACUCUCUUUGGCACAAAGCGGCUCAUUGGCAGGCAGUUUGACGAUCCCCAGACGCAGAAGGAGGCUAAGAUGGUGCCGUAUAACAUCGUGCGCGCUCCCAACGGGGAUGCGUGGGUGGAGGCCGGCGGACAGAAGUUCUCCCCCAGCCAGGUCGGCGCCUUUGUCCUGGGCAAGAUGAAGGAAACAGCAGAGGCGUACCUGGGUCGCCCCGUGUCCAAGGCAGUCAUCACCGUCCCAGCCUACUUCAACGACGCGCAGCGCCAGGCCACCAAGGACGCGGGCAAGAUCGCGGGGCUGGACGUGCUGAGAAUCAUUAACGAGCCCACGGCGGCGAGUCUGUCGUACGGCAUGGACCGCAAGGAGGGGCUCGUGGCCGUGUUCGAUUUGGGAGGAGGCACGUUUGAUAUCUCCAUCCUUGAGAUUUCUGGCGGCGUGUUUGAGGUCAAAGCCACGAAUGGAGACACCUUUUUGGGAGGGGAAGACUUCGAUAAUGCUCUCCUCCAACACCUGGUGGACGAGUUCAAGAAGGAGCAGGGUAUCGACCUCACCAAGGACCGCCUGGCUCUGCAGCGGCUGAGGGAGGCGGCGGAGAAGGCCAAGUGCGAGCUGUCGAGCACGAGCCAGACGGACAUCAACAUUCCAUUCAUCACUGCCGAUGCCACUGGCGCCAAGCAUCUCAGCUUCACUCUUACUCGCUCCAAGUUCGAGACCCUGGUGAACCCUCUGGUGGAGCGUACUAGGCAGCCCUGCAAGGACUGCUUGAGGGACGCGGGCAUUUCGGCGAAAGACAUCACCGAAGUGAUUCUGGUGGGCGGCAUGAGCCGCAUGCCCAAGGUGCAAGAGGUGGUGCAGGAGAUUUUCGGGCGGCAGCCGUCCAAGAACGUGAAUCCGGACGAGUGCGUGGCGAUGGGGGCGGCGAUCCAGGGCGGCGUGCUUCGGGGCGACGUGAAGGAUAUUCUGCUGCUGGACGUGACGCCGCUGUCGCUGGGGAUUGAGACGCUGGGAGGGGUGUUCACGCGGCUCAUCAACCGCAACACCACCAUCCCCACCAAGAAGAGCCAGGUGUUCUCCACCGCAGCGGAUGGGCAGACGCAGGUGGGGAUCAAGGUGCUACAGGGAGAGAGGGAGAUGGCAGCAGACAACAAGCUGCUGGGGCAGUUCGACCUCGUCGGCAUCCCCCCCGCGCCCAGAGGCAUGCCGCAGAUCGAAGUUACUUUCGACAUUGAUGCUAACGGCAUCGUGCAUGUGGGCGCCAAAGACAAGGCCACCAACAAGGAGCAGGCUAUCACGAUCCAGUCGUCCGGAGGUCUCUCAGACUCGGACAUUGAUCGCAUGGUGAGGGAGGCGGAGCAGUACGCAGGCAAGGACAAGGAGAGGAAGGCGCUGAUCGAGGCGAGGAACGAUGCGGACACCACCAUGUACUCGGUGGAGCGAUCACUCAACGAGCACAAGGAGAAGCUGCCGAGCGACGUGGUGGAGGCAGUGCAAGCGGCCAUUGCUGAUCUCAAGGGGUCGUUGGAGAAGGAGAAUCUGGAGGAGAUCCGGGAGAAGAUCUCCGCCGCCCAGCAGGCCUCUCUCAAGAUUGGAGAGGCUAUCUCUAGGCAAGCGGGUGGCGGCAGCAGCUCGUCUUCUUCUGGAGGGGGUUCGACUGGAGGGGCACAGGAGGCAGAGUAUGAGGAGAAGAAGUAG